UCAUACGAUGUAAUUUAAACAUACUUCUAUAUGGGUUUUGGGGUAUUACAGGCUCAAAUCUCAAUGGCGAACAGUUCACCAACGAACCAACCAUUGACACUCACUAAAAGAGACAAGAAAAAAGCUCAACUAUAAUUCAGCUUUGGGUCUCAUUUUUUUUACUUUGUUACCCUCGUCCAUACUAUAAGCUGACAUGCGCUGCCACACGGUGUGGCUGGCCACACAGAAUACGCUCUGAUUUUUGGGGUUUGUAGCUUGGUCAAAAUGUCUACUUGCCUCACUCACUGACUUGUUGAUUUUCAAAAAUAGAGGUUUUUUCUCACUAUUCUAAAGAACCACAAUCUCCCUGAAGGAGUGUUUCGGCAUAUUGUUGCAAGUUGGCAUUGUAAUUUGUAAGACAUGGGCUUUCUUUAUAGUUCAAUCCGGGUACCACCGAUUUCGCAAUCAACCAGAUAGAUAAAUAGAUAGAUAGAUCAUAAAUAGACAGAUAGAGAUAUUAAUAGGUUACGAUUUAAUUUUUCCAUAAGCAUGAGGAAGCCACUGGGACAAAACCUGUUCAAUAUCAACAUUUUCCGUCUUUCAUGCGUAGGCAAAGCGUCUACUUUUCAUACUCAAUCCCAGAAACUCAUCCAACAAUUGCACGACACUAAAAUUUUAAGUUUUGUGCUAUCAUCCCAUUGCAGUCUUCUGAAAUAUGGGUUUUUGAAUGGAACUAUUCCCACCAAUCAUCUCAUCAAUGCCUACAUCAAAUGUAAGUAUGUUGAAAAUGCACACCAACUGUUUGGUGAAAUGCCUGAACCAAACGUCAUCUCUUGGACGUCGAUCAUGGGGGGUUACAUUGCAGCUCGACAACCGAAAAUGACGCUUUGGCUGUUUGCAGAAAUGCUCAAAAGUAUGGUGUUUCCUAAUGCCUUUACUCUUUCUACAGCCAUAAAUGCUUGUUCUGCACUUGCUGAUAUAAAAACAGGGGAAAUGGUGCAUACCUAUGUUGAAAUGUAUGGUUAUCACAAGAACCUCAUAGUUUGUACUUCAUUGGUUGACAUGUAUGGAAAAUCGAAUGAUUUGGUUUCUGCACGACGUGUUUUCGAUUCGAUGGUGGAGAGGAAUGUUGUCUCUUGGACUUCGAUGAUGGCAGGUUAUGCACAAAGUGGUCAAGGAUAUGAAGCACUCGAACUUUUCAAGGAAUUUAGCCAACUUGAAGAUAAUCCUCCAAAUCAGUAUAUGCUAUCUAGUGUUGUUAAUGCUUGUGCGAGCUUGGGAAGGUUGGUUUAUGGGAAAGCCAUACAUGCAGGUAUAGUUAAAAGAGGGCAUGAGUUUAAUGAGAUUGUUGCUUGUGCACUUGCUGAUAUGUAUGCUAAAUGUGGAUGCAUCGAAGUCUCUCUUAAGUUGUUCCGGAACAUGGUUCAACCUUCUCUCGUAUCCUAUACUUCUAUGAUCAUCUCUGCUGCAAAACACGGGCUUGGAGCAGUGUCGCUUGAGCUUUUCGAAGAAAUGAUUAGUAAUGAAAUAAGGCCAACCGAUGUCACAUUUCUUGGGGUCCUGUAUGCUUGUAGCCAUUCGGGACUUGUAGACAAAGGCCUUGAUCUCUUAAACUCAAUGCAAACAAAUUUUGGUGUUGUGCCCGAUGUGAAGCACUAUACUUGUGUUGUUGACAUGCUUGGAAGAAGAGGCCGUUUGGAUGAAGCAUACCAGUUAGCAAAAACUAUAGAGUUACGAGAGAUCAACGAUGGAGCUCUUUUAUGGGGCGCUAUUCUGUCAUCUAGUAGGCUUCAUGGAAGAAUAGAUAUAGCAGCUAAAGCCAGUAAGUGGCUGGUUGAAGCCAAGCAACAAGUGGACAGUGCUUAUGUUUCAAUGUCAAACAUUCAUGUUUUGGCUGGGAACUGGGACGACGCACAGAGUAUACGUUCAGAAAUGAAGCGCAUAGGAGUAAGGAAGGAGCCCGGUUGCAGCUGGGUCGAGAUUCAAGAUUUGGUUUAUGUAUUCUAUGCUCAAGACGUGUCAUCAUGUCCAAGAGGCACCGAGGUGAUGGAAGUGCUGGAGGACUUGGAGAACAGGAUGAAGGAACGAGGCUAUGUUGGGGGGAGUAAAGGGUUGGUGUUAGUUGAUGUAGAAGAGGAAUCCAAAGAGGAGAUGGUGAGUUUACACAGUGAAAGGCUUGCCUUAGGUUUUAGUUUAAUAAGCAUACCUAAAGGCGAAACUAUUAGAAUCAUGAAAAAUUUAAGAAUGUGUGGAGAUUGCCAUGAAGCUUUUAAGCUCAUCAGUGGCAUAGUUGAUAGGGAAUUUGUUGUGAGAGAUGUAAAUAGAUUUCACCAUUUCAAACAUGGGUCUUGUAGUUGCAGAGAUUAUUGGUAACAAUGAGAGAUCAAUUGUUUUCAA